AUGGCUUCGACUCCGCCGCCUCUGCACGCAGUAAUGGUGCCGCUUCCUGCUCAAGGCCAUAUCAACCCUUCAUUUCACUUGGCAAAACUUUUAGCCGCCAGAGGAUUUUUCAUCACCUUCAUCAAUACACAGUGGACUGAGGAGAGGAUUUUUCGACCUCCCAACGAUGCCACUGCAAUCUCCAAUCGGUUGCAGCGGCAAGGAAUGCACUUUCGCUUUCUCUCUCUUCCUGACGGCCUCCCUCCUCACCAUCCUCGUUUUCUUAUAGUCCACGAGUUUUUCCAAGCACUACACAAACUAAGCCCCGCAAUGAUUCGACUUCUACAAAGUACAGCCGAUGAGGCGCCGCCAAUAACAUGUAUUAUAGCGGAUUCUCUCUUCGCCAGCACUGAAGAGGUGGCCACAGUGCUUGGCGUUCCCCGUGUCAUAUUCUGGACAUUCUCCUGCUCUGCGUCCAUCGCAUUUACUAAUUCCCGGCUUCUCCUUGACAAGGGACUUAUUCCAGUCAAUGUGAAGGAGGCGCAGCGCCCAGAAAACCUCAUCACCUGUCUGCCCGGAAACAUUCCACCAGUCAAACCAACGGAUCUGAUGAUAUUCCUCCGAAACAAGUCCGACCCUAUGUUUGAAAUCGUGCUGUACAUAUCAGACAAACAGAAAAAGGCUGAUUACAUGCUCGUCAAUACGAUUGAAGAGCUUGAAGGUCUCGGAGCCGUAACGGGACUCUCCAAUGGGUGUCCUGCUCUUACCGUCGGCCCUGUCUUCUUCCCGGAGUUUCUCCAAGCCAGUGACUCUUCUGUAAACAUUUCAACAAGCCUUUGGGAGGAUGAUCUUGACUGUCUUAAGUGGCUUGACAGGCAAGAACCCUCUUCUGUUCUGUACGUCUCUUUUGGGAGCAUCGCAGUGAUGCCGAUGGACCAGUUGCAUGAACUGGCUCUAGGGCUGGAGGCCAGUGAGCAGCCUUUUCUGUGGGUAGUGAGGAUCGACAUAGCCGAUGGACAUGCCGCAGUUUUGCCUGAAGGAUUUUGCGAGAGAAUUCAUGGCCGUGGAUUGCUUGUGGAUUGGGCCCCUCAGUUAAAAGUUGUGGCUCAUCCAUCUGUUGGAGGAUUCUUGACGCACAAUGGGUGGAACUCUACUCUGGAAAGCAUAAGCAUGGGAGUGCCUAUGAUCGGAUGGCCCCUGUGGGCUGAACAGUAUCACAACACCAGACUUUGCAAAGAGAUAUGGAGGAUAGGCAUGGAUAUUGAGUCUCGGCUAGAAGAUGACAAUGUGUUGGUAACAAGAGAAGAGGUGGAGAAGGUUGUUCGAAUGAUGAUGACAGGGGAUGAAGGGAGUGAAUUGAGAGAAAGAGCGUUGAAGCUGAAAGAAGCUGCCACCAAAGCGAAUGAGCCUUCUAGCUGUGAUAAUUGGAAAAGUGAACGGAAAGUUUGGCGGAGGCUGCAUAGACAUGGUUUCACAAACUACAUGGAAAAAUUGCAUGGUAGUAAAAAAUCGAUGUCUCAAGGCUUUGCUAAGCGAUGGAACAACAACAAAGUCACUCUGUUUGGGGAGACUUGGAAGCUCGAUGAGGAUUUGGUGGCGGAAGUUACUAGUUUACAGAGGGAAGGUACCAAGUUUUACAGAGAUCGAAAGUUUGCGGUGGAAGUUAUUAAAAACUUCCCUAAAAGUGAUGAAGAGAAGGUUCGGCUCGCCAAGAAGGACAAUGUAUCUUACUACCUCCCUCAUCAAAAAGGGAGGGUUGAUGAUGUAGAUAAAGAGAACAUGGAUGUGGAAGCUGGGUCAGAGGAGGAACAAGGGAAGGCGACUGAUGAUGAAGUGGAGAAUGAGAAGAAAGCGGUUGCAGGAGAAGAGGAGGAGGUGCAAAGAAAAGUGUAUGUUGAAAAGCCUGAUUCAAACCCUAUUUUCUUGGAUAGAAGGAAUGUUGCUCAGAAUACCAUGGAGGAAGUCAACCCUAAUUCUAUGAGCUCUACGUAG